AUGUACAGAGAGGACAAUCAAAGAUGGACGACAUCGGUUGCUGAUGAUCAACGACUGUUUUCAACAUGUCGUGUUGGAAGUGUGUUACGUAAGAUUGCGUUUAAUCCAGUAACAAUUAUUACUUUCAGCAAUUACAAACGCAAGAGAGCGUGUUACGGUGAAAGGGUGACAGUGAAGUGGUAUGAAAUAGUUGUAGUACUUGUAACUCGAAAGACAGUGCCACGUGUUGACAAAAAGCUUAAACCCAAGUCUAAUCAUAAAAUUGGCCAUCGGACGUUUCUUUCUUCAGACUUAUGUGUUUGUGAAACGUGCGUCGCACCAUUAGCAGAUGAUGAAUGCAUUGCAUUGAGUUUAAGGAUACUUAAGAAGAUUUUGUAA